GCGACAUCACAUAUAUGAAACUCGUGCGCCAAUGAUUGGAUUCCUCUACUGCGGAUCAGAAUACGGGAAGCUGAUUUCAAGCUUUCCCCUAUUUCAGGUGAACAAUGUUGGGACAUACAUAGUAAAACCCACUGUUGAGUAUACAGCUGAGGAACUCUCAUUUGUAAUGGAAACGAACUUUGGAUCUGGUUACCAGAUGUGUCAACUCUCACAUCCUCUACUAAAAGCAUCACGAGUGGGAAGCAUUGUAUUCAUAUCCUCGACUGCUGGGGUGGUUGCUGUAGACGUGGGUACUCCAUAUGCAGCAACUAAAGGAGAUUUUAAUCUUUGACUCUUUCAUUUUGUGCCGUUGUUUUCUAAUUUCUCUAUCUCUUUCUCUCUCUUGUGUGCAUGUGUCAGUGUAGGAGGCCAUGACUCAAGCACAGUACCCGGCCUUGGACUGGGGCUGAGUGUUCCAGACUAAAAAGUGUUAAAAAAUAAUUAAAACCUCAAAAAUAUGAAAAAUCAGUUUACAGCAAAAUUUAACAAAAUACAUCUAAUGAGAUAAAAAGUAGUAAAAAAUAGAUUUUGAAAAAUCAAUUUGCUACAAGGAGUAUUUUAAAAAUAAUCCAAGAAAGAAGUGAAAAUAUAAAAAUAAGUAUUCAUGACUAAAACACUUUCCAUUCUUUAAAGUAAUAAAAAACAUUAAAAACACGUUAUAAAUAAUUUUUUUCUUAUUUUUUUAGGUUUUUUCAAUAGUAUUUUUUUUUGUUUUGUGUUUUGUUUUUUUUAAGAGCCCGAACUUGACAAUAUGUGUAUUUGGACAAGCUAACAGUCUUAUCCAAUAAAUAACCAUGUGAACUCUUAUAGCCCU